AUUCUAACCGGCUGGCUUGUCUGCGAGAUCUCACUGCGGUAAUUUUACCUCGGCAGGACAGCGCAAAGGUUUGGAAUCGGUAACGUAGCGUUCGUCAGGCCCAAAGAAGAAACCACAGCAGUAUACGAAUACGGGGAUUGAUGCUGCACGCUGUCACGUCCAAGCCGGUUAACGAAACCAGGGGACAUAUUAUACCUGUUGUAUGGUUUUCCAAGUUUUAGGAUAAUUCAAAGUAUAGAUUUUUUUAAAGUUCCAGGAUAUAUCAAUUUUAGAAUUUAUCAAGAACUUUCCAAGAUAUAUCAAGUUCCAAGAUAUAUUCAGUCAAAACCGCCAACAUGACGUAGACUAAUAUGCAACACUGACAUUCCAUAACCAUUGAUCCACCGACUCCAUCAUCAUCACCACACAAUGGUUGACUGACGCCGUCAUCCACAAUGCACAUGUCAAGUCACUUCACGGCGUCUCUGGCGCUGCUGCUCAUUGCCGCGAUCAUGUAUCUCGUGGCGUUGGCAACGACGUCGUGGUCGUCUUCGGGAGAAGAAUUAACGUUCGGGAUCUGGGAGUUCUGUUUCUGGGACAUCGAGGACGAGAAGAAGAAGUGGAAAUGCUUGACAAGUAAAGCUGAUUUCACAAUGGCUGCCCAAGCGUUCUCUAUCCUAGCUGUCAUGUGCUAUGCUGUGGCCUUUCUCCUGUACCUCGCUUACAUCAUCUUUCCGACGCUGUCGAAAUCCAGGCCUAUCACCAUGGGCCUGUGUCUCCUAGGAUUCUGUGUUGUUUGUCUUCAGAUCAUGACAACAAUCGUGUAUGGGGUCAAGGUCGGCGACUACUUCCGGAAGGUGGAGAUCCGAUACUUCACGCAUCAGUUGAAAGAAUCUCUCAUGAUCUCCUGGUCGUUCGCCUUCGCGAUCGUGUCAACACUUAUGGCAACUGCUUCCGGCAUCUGCACAUUUCUCGAGUUGCGCAAUAUCACCCUGGAAGACCUGGUUUGACGUAUGGAUGUCAGCACUUUACAGGUUGCGUAUACCAAGUGUCGACAUGCCAGAACAGUGGGAUAUUCUAUGGUUUAUUGAAGUUACGAGUCUAUCAGAAGUUUCCUGUUUUAAUGGCGAGACAUUACGGACUAUAAUCAUAUUAGCUAAAUGCUGUCUAAAAUAAAGUGUCAUCAGCGUCAGCUACGAUUGUGGAAGCAAGAAAGAAUUGAUUGGUUCGGCAGUUUGCUUUGUCACUUAGCUAUCUUCGUAAAGUGUCAUGUGAGCAAGGGAAUCGUGUUAUUGCCGCCUCCUCUCGGAACUGUUUUCAAAAAUGAAUGAUUAAGAAUGUAAUAUGAAACGAUUUUUGCAAUCGCAGAGCAUGUUUUAAGACUAUUUUAGAGCAUUUUAUGCUCACAUAACUCAGCUGUUUUCCUAUUUAGGGGCCAUUGAAAUCUGGUUGGUCUCAUCAAGAUUCAUUCAAAAUGUUUUUUUUGACACGAAAUCACAGUGACAGGUCACGUAACAUAUUGGAACAGCAAUGACCACGAUGCUAAAAAACAAACAUGGAUAAAUCGGCUAAGUUGUAAGAACGACCUGUGAAUGUUAUGUACACUAAAAUUGUGACGUUAUUUGUUGUACAGAGUAAAUGUCAUGUUGCAAAUAACCAGUGGUGUGUUGUAACAAAUAAUAGAUCAUUUCAAUAAAAUUAUAAUUUCAA